AGGACUCACUAUCAGUGUGCGAUCUAAGCAAUAAAUCACAAUGUCCACGCAUUAGCGGGCCGGGAAUAAUAGCUUCACGCGUUCGAUCCCUGUUUAGUGUGAGUGCAAUAACGGGUUGUAGUUGUAGUCGUGUUAUAACGUUGAAUGGCGAGAUUGGCGAGACACAUACACGCAAGCGCAUUGCACGUGCUUAACAGUCGUAUAUAUCGUACGUAGCAAUGCUUCAUUCAGUAGUAUAGCUCGUGGAAUAUUCCAAAAGAGAGCGAUUAACAGAGACGUUUUCAAAAAAAUCAAAACCCGUGGUGAACAGCAACGUUCCACGCUGUAUGCACAGCUGUUCCUGAUCUAUUGUAUUCCAACUAUAAUAGCAAAUUCGGAUACUGGGAUCAUGACUCAAAGAUCGAAUUCGGUGGAAAUUCAAGAUCUCCAGGAUAUAUGGACACCCUUUGGUGUGGCUCUGUCUGGCAUUUACAAACGGAGCUUCGCUUAUAUAACACUCAAGGAUAGAUUACCAGUAAUUUUAACUAAAAUAAUUGAUACCCUUAGUCGUAAUAAGGAGAGCAUUGCUCAGAGAUAUGGACAGGAAGCUUUGGGUGACGUGAAACAAAUGUCAGGAUAUAUUAGUAAGUUGAAGAAUGAAUUAGUAACGAAUAAAACAUUGAAACCUAUGCGAUUGCUACCUGAUGAUCCGAACAAUGAUGCUGGAGAAUGGAAUAAGUAUCUGAUGCGAAGGACUGAUAUGGAAGGUGAUACGCCGACAUGGUUCAAUACUGCAUGGUUGUACUGCGAAUGUUAUAUGUACAGGAUUAUUGCUCAAGAAUUCUCUCUCACGAACCAUCUGAAAAAUUAUGACCCUUUCGAAGAACAAAAACAUGCUGCAUUUACAGGUUCGCUAAUUAGCACAGAAGCACUUGCUGCUUACACUAUGGAUCUCAUAAAGAGAGCAGAGAAUUUAUCAAUACAUGAGACCAAAGAAGAACUGUUUAAAUUCUUUAAAGUUAAUCUUUGGGGUAACAAAUGUGAUUUAUCGUUGAGUGCAGGGGCAGAUGUUAGUCAAUCUAGCAACCCUAUAGAAGUGCUAAAAUCGUUAGAUAAAGAUAUUCUUGUAAAUAAUUCAGAGCUUGCUUGGAAUGUGCUAAGAAAGAAAGUGACUAACGAUAGGGAUAUCGUAGACUUUAUACUUGAUAACGCGGGCUAUGAACUUUUCACUGAUUUGUGCUUAGCUGUAUUUAUGGUCUCUACUAAGUUAGCGAGCAAAGUCCGAUUUUAUGUAAAACGUUACCCAUGGUACAUCAGUGAUGUAACGACGAACGAUUUCCACUGGACUCUAGACUAUAUGCAGAGCUCAUCGAAUAGAGAACUACAAGAAUUUGGUAAACUGGCGAGUAACUAUUUAAAGGACAAUAUAUGGACUGUUGAGGAGGAAUUAUUUUGGACUGGACCCUACGAUUUUGCGGAGAUGAAAAAACAGGAUCCAGUGUUGUACGCAAAAUUAUCGGAUGCAAAAAUGGCAAUAUUUAAAGGCGACCUGAAUUACAGAAAACUGUUAGGCGAUAUUAAUUGGGAAUACACAACAGAGUUUAUGCAGUCAUUGAGAGGAUUUCAACCAACGAAUAUCGUAAGCUUGAGAACAGUAAAGUCAGACGUUUGCGUUGGUCUGCCUCCUGGUGUAGCAGAAGAUUUAUACAAACAAGACGAGAAGUGGAUGUUUACAGGGCAAUACGGACUUAUUCAAUCAACUACACCUAAAGCUUGUCCGUGUACUGAUCAGAUAUGUUAAAAUUCUAUGAGCCAUGAAGUACCAAAGAAAUCUACGUAUUUUCUAUCAGGGUAUACACAGUCUUGCUGUUCCUCAGCUAUUCUGUAUUCAGUGUACAUAAUCAACUCUGUACAUAUUAUUACCAAUUUGUAAUUAUAAAUGCUACAUAAUUCCUUCUUAAUUGUAAGAACAUUUAUCAAAAUUUACUUUCUCGCAUUAUUCCACGAAUCUGCUUG